AUUGAACCAACUUAACUGUUAAUUUAGUGCACAGUUAUUUGUACCACGCAUAUUUGCUUUUUUACGCGCAUUUAUAGUUACCUCGAACAUUCCUCGACGCCGACCACAACAGAAGCAUCAUAAAAUGAUGAAAUCAAGUGUCCACCAAGUUCGUGCAACCUGGCCGACACGCUGAACUUUGCUAUGCGCACUUUGCAGGAUGCCAACUUUAAGUGCGAAGAGGUGCAACAGGCUGCUGUCGAUUAUGUCUACGGGGAAUCCAACUGUCGGCAGCAUGCGGUCUACGAGGUGGGCAUGACAUGUUCGACUGCUGUGCAUCUGCCCAAGCAGCACGUGGAGUUCGGCAACGCCAACUGUGUGCUGACUUUGGUGGGCUUUGAGAAGAUGGAGCAACAUGACCCGCCUGGCCUCCGAGCGUCAGAAUUUGCAGGUUGUGGAGCUGCGUGUCUGCUUCUCGGCCAAUGAACUGGUCACCUACGAGAGCAAGGCCGGCGAACUCAUUGAUGGUGGCGUGGUCAACUCCUAGGGCCCACCGCUGGGCGCCUCACGCUUGGCUGUCAAAAAUAUCAGAAAAUGCGGAAAAAACAUACAGAAAGAUCCAUGUGAA